AUGGAGAAGCAUCCGCCCAUGAUGAUGGUGGAGAACCUGGCACAUGAGGCCACCAAUCAGAUGUUGCGCGACCUCUUUGCCGAAUUUAAUCCCAGGAGGGUUCGCAUCGUCUACCGCAACAGCAUGCCCAAAGGGUUCGCUGGGCUCGAGUUCGAGAGGGAGGACCAGGCCUUGGCCGCCUGUCGGCAGCGUAGCGGAGCACUCGUUCUGGGCCGGCCCAUCACGUGCAGGAUGGCCGAGCCCAGGGACCUCUCGUGGUUCGAGAACCCGAAGGUGGUCAAGCGUAGGCGCGAGCAGAGCAAGUGGGAUCAGGAGUGGGACCGAGGCGGCGGCGGCGACACGAGGCGGCGGGACAGCGGCGACUACAAUCCCAACUUCCCCACGUCCGCACCACCGCAACAGCAGAUGGGACCCGGCGGACCAAUGAACCAGGAGAUCCUCGCACAUCAAAUCAUGAACACGUUGUCAUCGAUCGGAAUGGGCGGGCCGCCACCGAUGGGCGGGCCGGGACCCAGGAUGGGUGGUACGGGCAUGGCCCCACCACAAGGCGGACCCUUCGGGCCGCCCGUGGGCGGUCCACCGUCGAUCGGCGGCCUCCAGCCCGGCGGCUUCGGCAGCGCCCCCUCAGCGACCACGCCACGGCCACCGGCUAACACCACGGACAAGGAGUUUGCGCCCGACCUUAAGAGCAUUGAUAUUCGAGAGCACACGUUCUUCUUUGUCGACUUCAACCUGGCCUACGGGUCCUCGGGCAUCGAGCAGCCUAUUCCAGUCGAAAUCGCCAUCCUGGCCUUCUCCAUUGCCGCGGGCGAGAAGGCGUCGUUCCACCGGUUCGUCGACCCGGGGCAGAUUCCGCGCUGCUACCUGGCCGACACCUACUGCAACACCAACUCCGUGCACGGCAUACCCCACCACGGCUUCCACCUCGCCGAAAAGAACUACCGGCAGUUGUACAACGAGAUGACGAACUUCAUCAGCCAAUUUUUGACGGCCAGCACCCCGUUCGUGUCGAUCUAUGCCAAGGGCGCAUCCACCAAGAACGGCUGCUUCUCCUGGCUCUCCCAAAAAGCCGGCCAACCGCCGCUGUUCUGCAUCGUGCGGAACGUGGAGGAGGUGCUGGAGCACCUGCACGAGAUCGCGUCCAGCCCGGUGCCGUCGUCCUCCCUCUGCUCGCUCUUCGCCACCGACGCCGCACUCUCGCUCUCGGCCGUGUCCGCGCUGCCCGCCAAGUGCGCCUACCACGACGUCGGGGCGGCCGCCGGUGCCACGUCAGCGUUGUCCACGUCAUCAUCGUCAUCGGCGACGUCAUCGCCAGCGGGCGCCACGACCGGCGGUCAAGCUGCAGCGUCAGCGGGCGCCACGGGCUCGCCGACGCUCUCGUCCGCGUCUUCGUCGUCAAUCGUGCAGGCCACGCACAUGUGCGCGCUUUCCAAUGUCAGGCACGUCGCGGGCGUCGUUCUGGCCGAAUUCAACAAGCUCGACGUGCCCUUCAAAUAA